CAUUUUUCUCAGCACUUUGUCAUCCCCAGUUGUACGGGGUGUCGGAACACAAAUGCAUUCAGGUGUCGAGCAGUUUGAAACCGGAUGAGCUAAAUACCAGGAGCAAAAGUAUUACUUCGCAUUUUGGAAAUGGAGACAAUGAAAUCUUGAGGGUGUUUGUAGUGAGAGGGUCAGACUUUUUCCACCGUCCCGAUGUUGGCUCUGUCCAGGAGUCGGACAGCUUUGUGUUGGAGACUGUCCCUGCGCUGCUCUGUCCUCUCUCUGGGGAGCACGACCAUGAGCAGCCAGCCCUCCACGGCAACCAGGCCCCACUUUCUAAGAACCCAGACUGCUCUGUUUCACCAAAGUAAAGCAAAAGCCAGUCCUGACCCAAACAAGCCCGCCUCAGUGUUGUUCUCUGGGCUGGAGGGGGAACUGUUCGGUAUGGGGAUGUGGUCGCUGGGUCUUGGUGCUGUCGGGGCUGCACUAGCUGGGAUUUUCCUGGCCAACACCGAUCUGUGUCUCCCUAAAGCUGCCAAAGCAUCGCUGGAGUACCUUGCAGAUACUGACCUGCGCUCCACCAUAGAGGAUGACAAGGUCAUCAAAGCCAAGAGCCUGUGGGAGAAGAACGGGGCUGUGGUCAUGGCCGUACGACGGCCUGGAUGAUUUUUGUGCAGAGAGGAGGCCUCUGAGCUGUCCUCUCUGAAGCCCCAGCUGGAAGAGCUCGGGGUCCCUCUGGUCGCUGUGGUGAAGGAGAUAGUCGGCACAGAGAUCCAGGACUUCAGACCGCACUUCGCUGGGGACAUUUACGUGGAUGAAGAGAAACACUUCUACGGCCCGCUGCAGAGGAAGAUGGCGGGUCUGGGGUUCAUUCGCCUCGGAGUGUGGCAGAACUUCAUGCGGGCCUGGAGGUCCGGUUACCAGGGCAACAUGAAUGGCGAGGGCUUCAUCCUGGGUGGAGUGUUUGUCAUCGGAGCAGCAGACCAGGGGAUUCUCCUGGAGCAUCGUGAGAAGGAGUUCGGCGAUAAGGUGGACACUGCAGAUGUUUUAGAGGCUGUUAAGAAAAUUGUGCCAGUGAAAUAAUUGUUUUGCUUUUUUGCUCAUAGCACGAGUUAAAAUGUAUUUAGAUCAAAACUAGAAUUAAGAAAUAAUUUUUAACUUGACACGUUGUAGUCAAAGUCUGAUAAUUACAUUUAAGUCUGCUUGCGUUGUCUAAUAUCACAAUAUUGUCUGUCUUUUGCACAUUAAUUUACUGCUGGGUACAAAAGUCGUGCUGUGAAAUGCAGAAUGCACGCAAUAUUAUUACAGGACUUGUUGAUGAUUUUUCCUCUGACCCCUGCAGACACCCAGAAGCUGUUUUUUUUUUUUUAUUUUAUUUUAUUUGAGACGGGUAUUAAAAACAGAUAGAAAGGGACUUCAAGGCAGCAUUUUUCAUUCAGGUUCAUAAAAUUUGAGAUGACUUGAAAUCUUACCUUUCGAGAAGAAAGGCUUCUGCUGGUUUUACAACAUUUGAUUAUUCUGUUAACUCUGUCUUUCAGUGGUACAUUUUCAAUAUCGUUCAUAUGCGUUGUCUCCAUUUGCUUUCCUGGUCAGGCGCCUAAAUGUGCCUUCAACAUGGCAGAUAUGUGUGUGUGUUCUCUCUGUGUGUGAUAAUGACAACCUGACUCUAAACUCAACUUUGAGAGGAACAGGUUUGAUGUUCAAACACAUACAGGCUCAGCUACAGUCACCAUGUUGAGGAGCGUUUGUGGUGCCUGAAGCAGGUGGAGACUGUGUGUGUGUGUGUGUGUGUGAGUGAGUGAGAGAGAGAGAUUGUGUAUACCUGUACACGUGGAUACCUGCUGCAGAAAAUAAUAAAGACCUCAUCCCCCUA